CCACGAGAACGCGUCGGCUGAACUACCCUUCAAAAAAUUUCCCAUCAGAUUCCAACUUGAGCCUUUGACAUAGGAUCGAGACGUCUAUUCGCCUUGGACCAGCCAACCAAAAAAAACCCCUCAAAAAAAACCACGGACUCACAAUGACCUCAGCUGAGAGCAGGGCCGAUGGCAGCACCGCCAAGCGGCCGUAUCUCGUAUUAUGCACGACCAUGUCCACCGGGCAUUUCUCGCCAACAUUACAGAUCGCCGAUUACAUGAUCCAACGCGGGUUCGAGGCAACCAUCAUCACGGACGCGUCGCACAGGCAGCAUGUGGAGGCCGUGGGCGCCCGGUACGUGGAGCUGCCGGUAUUUAUGCCGUCGCCCGAGGCUAUGGAAGAGCGCAAGGCGCUGAAGACGGGCUUCGAGGCCAUGAUAUGGGGCCUCACGGAGGUGGUGGUCAAGCGCAUGCCGCUCCACUACGGGACUCUGCGUGACACGCUGGCCGCGCUGCGACGGGAGGUGCCAGGGCGCGAGGUGGUGGUGAUCCACGACGUGGUGUUCCUGGGCGCAAAUCCGCUGGCUUCGGGGGCGCCGCUGCCCGAGGGGUUCACGAAGCGGCCGCCCAUAAUCAACCUCAACCUCGUGCCACUGCAGAUACCCAGCGUCGACGUCGGGCCCUUUGGGCUCGCCCUGCCGCCCGACUCGAGCGAGUCCGGCCGCGCGCGGAACAAGGCGCUGACGCAUGUGUACAACCUCCCCCAGGGCCCCUUUGGCCCCUUCACCAGGGACUUCCGCGCCAUGAUGGAGUCCCUGGGGGCGGUGGCGCCGGCAGACGACGCCUUCACCGCCAUCACCAUGAACCCGGACGUCAUGCUGCAGGCCUGUUCGCCAAGCCUUGAGUACCCGCGGUCGGACCUCCCCGCCAACAUCAAAUUCAUCGGCUGCCUGCCGUGCAAAACCCCCGCCCCCACCUGGCAGUACCCGGAGUGGUGGAGCGAGGUGGUCGGCGCCGCCGGCCCACAGCGCAAGAGGAUCGUCGGCGUGGCCCAGGGCACCGUCGCCCUCGACUACAACAAGCUCGCCGUCCCUGCCAUGCAGGGGCUGGCGGGCCGGGAUGACGUCUUGGUCGUCGUCGUGCUGGGCGUCAAGGGGGCGACCCUGCCCGAGGGAACCGUCGUCCCAGCCAACGCCAGGGUGGUGGACGUCCUGCCCUACGAAGCACUGCUCCCGCACCUGGACGUAUGGGUGAUAAAUUCCGGCUAUGGCGGCUUCACCCAGGGCGUCAUGCACGGCGUUCCCAUGUUGCUGGCUGGCGACACCGAAGACAAGGCCGAGGUGUCGAUGCGCGGCGAGUGGGCCGGUGUCGGAUACAACCUGAGGACGGGAUCUCCGACGCCAGAACAGGUGGCCGAGGGUGUCAGCCACGUGCUGGCAAAUCCAGGCUACAAGAAGAGGGUCAUGGAGAUCAGGGAGGAGAACAUGGCCAUGAAGAGCUUGGAGACGGUGGAGAGGUAUGUUUGGGAGCUGGCCGGGGGGAUUUCAAUUUGA